AUGUUGCUAGAGGAGGGACAAGGCUAUCGAGCCGAGAAAACAGAAGUCCUCAGUGAAGAUCUGUUACAGAUCGAGCGGCGCCUGGACACGGUCCGGUCAGUGUGCCACCAUUCGCACAAGCGUCUGAUGGCGUGUUUCCAGGGCCAGCAUGGGACGGACGCCGAGAGGAGAUACAAAAAACUCCCUCUGACCGCUCUCGCUCAGAACAUGCAAGAAGCAUCGACUCAACUGGAAGAGUCUCUGCUGGGGAAGCUGCUGGAGACGUGUGGCGAUGCCGAGAAUCAGCUGGCUCUAGAACUUACUCAGCAUGAAGUCUUUGUUGAGAGAGAGAUUGUGGAGCCUCUGUGCAGCAUAGCAGAGAUGGAGAUCCCCAACAUCCAGAAGCAGAGGAAACAGCUGGCUAAAUUGGUGUUAGACUGGGAUUCGGUCAGAGCCAGGUGGAACCAGGCUCACAAAUCUUCAGGAACCAACUUCCAGGGGCUUCCAUCAAAAAUAGAUACCCUAAAGGAAGAGAUGGAUGAAGCUGGAAAUAAAGUAGAACUGUGCAAGGAUCAACUUGCAGCAGAUAUGUACAACUUUAUGGCCAAAGAAGGGGAGUAUGGCAAAUUCUUUGUUACGUUAUUAGAAGCCCAAGCAGAUUACCAUAGAAAAGCAUUAGCAGUCUUAGAAAAGGCCCUUCCCGAAAUGCGAGCCCAUCAAGAUAAGUGGGCGGAAAAGCCAGCCUUCGGGACGCCUUUGGAAGAACACCUGAAGCGGAGCGGCCGUGAGAUCGCACUCCCCAUCGAAGCCUGCGUCAUGCUGCUCCUGGAGACCGGCAUGAAGGAGGAGGGCCUUUUCCGAAUUGGGGCUGGGGCCUCCAAGUUAAAGAAACUGAAAGCUGCUUUAGACUGUUCUACUUCUCACCUGGAUGAGUUCUACUCUGACCCCCAUGCUGUCGCAGGUGCUUUAAAGUCCUAUUUACGGGAACUGCCUGAACCUUUGAUGACUUUUAAUCUGUAUGAAGAAUGGACACAAGUUGCAAGUGUACAGGAUCAAGACAAAAAACUUCAGGAUUUAUGGAGAACAUGUCAAAAGUUGCCACCGCAAAAUUUUGUUAACUUUAGGUAUUUAAUCAAGUUCCUUGCAAAGCUUGCUCAGACCAGCGAUGUCAAUAAAAUGACUCCCAGCAACAUUGCAAUUGUGUUAGGCCCUAACUUAUUAUGGGCCAAAACUGAAGGAACACUGGCUGAAAUGGCAGCAGCCACCUCGGUCCACGUGGUUGCGGUCAUCGAGCCCAUCAUCCAGCACGCUGACUGGUUCUUCCCUGAAGAGGUGGAAUUUAACGUAUCGGAAGCAUUCGUGCCUCUCGUCGCCCCAAAUUCCAAUCACUCAUCUCACACUGGAAAUGACUCUGACUCAGGGACCCUCGAGAGGAAGCGGCCUGCCAGCAUGGCGGUCAUGGAAGGGGACUUGGUGAAGAAGGAGAGCUUUGGUGUGAAGCUUAUGGACUUCCAGGCCCACCGGCGGGGUGGCACUCUAACUAGAAAGCACAUAUCCCCGGCUUUCCAGCCGCCACUCCCGCCCACAGAUGGCAGCACCUUGGCUCCUGCAGGCCCAGAGCCCCCUCCCCAGAGCUCUAGGGCUGAAAGCAGCACAGGGGGUGGGACGGUCCCCUCCUCUGCGGGCACACUGGAGCAGGGGCCAAGCCCGGGCGACAGUCCGCCAAAACCCAAGGACUCUGCACCUGCCCCUGCCCCAGGGAGAAAUGGCAGUCAGAUGGCCAGUGGCCAGAACCAGGCACAGACGGUGGCCGGCUCCCAUCAGCUCUCCGUUGGCCCGGGGCACAAUUCCGCUGGCCCUAGCCCGCACACUCUGCGCCGGGCUGUUAAAAAACCUGCUCCUGCACCCCCGAAACCAGGAAACCCACCUCCUGGCCACCCUGGGGGCCAGAGCUCUCCAGGAACAUCUCCGCACCCACCCAGCCUGUCACCAAAGCCAACCACCCGCAGCCCUUCUCCUCCCGCCCAGCACGCGGGCCAGGCCCCCAGCCAGGCCUGCACCACCUCGCAGCCCUCUGCACCCCGGAGGUACUCCAGCAGCCUGUCCCCAAUACAAGCUCCCAGUCACCCGCCGCCACAGCCCCCGACGCAGGCCGCGCUGCUGGGGCACAGCAGACCGAGUAGCCAGGGCCCGCCUGCCCCCGUGGCACUGCCCGGUGAGCCUGGACUUGAGCAGCCGCCUCAUACCCCUCCCCAGACUCCAACGCCCCCUAGGACUCCACCUUUAGGAAAACAGAACCCCAGCCUGCCAGCUUCUCAGACCCAGGCAAUGAGUAACCCUGAGAUGGCGCAGCCACACACCGGAACUUUACCAAGACCGAGACCAGUACCAAAGCCGAGGAACCGGCCCAGUGUGCCUCCACCCCCACAUCCUCCUGGCGCCCACUUGGCUGGGGAUGGCACCCUCACCAAUGCAGCUCCCACUGCUUCCAAAAUAGUAACAGACACCAGUUCUAGAGUUUCAGAGCCGCUUCGCAGCACCUUUCCUGACCUGCUUUCAGACUCAGCCAGCAAAGACCUGCCCGGACGCAUUCUGUUGGAUAUAGACAACGAUACAGAAAGCACCGCCCUGUGAAGAAAGCCCCGCCCCCGCCCCGCCCCCUUUCACCCUGGUGAGCAGAACAGGCGCAGGUGCGCGCUUCUCUCUGCAGACCAAACAGUGAAGAGCUUGCAGUGAAGGGAAGAGAAGGUCUGGCAUGCAGGCCUUCGCCUUCCCACAGCCCCAGGAGAAGGUGGAGGCUGACACUUUAAGCUGAAUGACCUGUGUCUUGAAGUUGGCUUUCUUUACACGGGAAAGAAAUCAUGCCAAAAAAAU